GUUCCGUCCAGGGCGUGAGGCCCUCCCGUGAACCCGCAUUUUAUCCAUGGGUCGCUAAAAAGCCCGCUCGGCCCGAUGUUGCGCUCCACCAAUCCCUCGCUUCCGGUAGGAAACCUACCCAAUCCCUGGCCGCCUCGCUCGUUCUCCUCCUCUCUCCUCGCGCCCGCAUCCCCACCGCCGCACACCUCUCUUCCCUCUCCUUCUCUCCCUGCACCGCCGGUUGAGAGCGGGAGCGGCGCCGCCGCAGGUGGAGCACGUCGCGAGCGCCGAGGAGCGUCGUUGCCGGUGGAGCCGUCGCCGGUGGAGCGCGUCGCGAGCGCGCGGAGAGGCGCCCCCGGUGGAGCCGACGCAGUGGAGCGCGUCACAGUGCGGGGGAGCGGCGCCGCUGGUGGAGCAUGGCGUGACCCGCUCGGCCACGACCCACCCGCGCCAGCUGGCGGCUGCUUUGGCUCCUGCUCGGCCACGAACCACCCACGCUCGCCGAUGCGAACAAGGUCAGGCACGAGCACGCAUCCUCUCCCCAAUCCUAUCGCCCCCUUCUUCGUCCUCCUCCAAUCCCCUCCCAUGGCUGCUCCUCCCCAAUCCCGCACGAGUUCGCUCGUCCUCUUCUCCUCCUUCCCCUCCACCUCCCAUGCCACUCUUCCUCCUACCAGGCUGCCCUCUUCUUCCACACCCUCAUCUCCACCCCCUCUGCCAGCACUCCCGCGCCUCCAAUCGUCACCGAGCUCCUCUACCUCCACCACGUCCCUUUUCAUGUAUGUGCUGGCUGGUGGAGCUCCCUUCUGGAAUAAGUUCACCUACAGGAUCCUACCAUUAGACGUCGUUGCUGGCCAAGCUCCGUCUCCUCUGCGCAAGGGAGAAGGAAGCAUCCCGGAAAUGGCGCAAGGGCGUGCGGCGCAGCUACCUCCUCCAACUUCUCCCGCUGCCAAAAUUGGGUUGGCCACCUCCGCAGGGAAUAGCUCCUCCCGAACUGAUGAUAUUUGUUAUGCUUCACAAAGUUUCUACCGUGGAAUACUUUUGUAAAGGAUGUAUCUAUUCAGAUGUUUUCUUUUGUUUAGGCAUGUAGGUUUUACUUACUCCUGCCUUUUCACUUACUCCUGCCUUUUCACUUUCAUGCAUUAGCAGGUCUGAUCUGGAAUCUGUAUUGGUGUCUGUUCUAAAAAACCAUCUUUGCAUAUAAGCUUCAUUGAUCCAGUAGUACCUUUGGCCAUGGUGACCUUGCCAUAUCUACAUGUCUUUUUCUAUUUGGUACCAAAAGGUCACAUUUGUUUGCAGGUGACAAUAUUUAUUCUUCUAGACUAGAAACUCAAGGCAGUUUGGACUUGUACCUUAAGGUCUUGCGACAACGAGGGUCUGAUGUCUUGUAUGGAGGAGAACCAGGUGUUAUAAUAUGUAAAGAAGGAAAGCAAACUAAUUUGUUUGGUUCAGUGCCUGAAGAAAGACACUCAUUUCACAGAAUUCCAUUUUAGGCUUGCUUUCAAGAUACUCCACUAGGAUCUCUUGCUAAUGAGGUGCAGCCUUUCCUAUCCACAGUUAGAGAUGCAGUGCUGCCUACCAAUGGAAGAUUGUGUGUGCCUGAUACUUGCUUCCUGCAAUUUGUGGGGCAGAAUAAAAUUUUGGCUGUGCAUGCAUCCAAAGGUCUGUCCUAAGAUUUCUGUUGUAAUCGCCGCCACACCCGUUGUCAGCGCCCAGCAAGGGCUUAUUGUAGGUGGAUAGUCAGGGUUUGGGUGACUCGACGCUGCAGAACUUAUCUUGGUAAUUUGUUUCGCCUGUCCUUCCUCUUCGGUGGUCUGCACGAGAAGCGGGUGGUUGCUGCAGCCCCGCUUGCAUGGAACAUCUGUCCAGUCCAGCUACAAGAUGAAGAAAAUUAACUACUUUAUUAGGAGAUCAUUGCAGGAAGGUUAAUAGAGUUUGAAUUUAUAAGGACAUCUAUAAGAGCCUAGCAGACGCACUUCAUAUGAUGUUCAUAGCUAAUGUUGCUAGCUGUAAACUUGCUCUGUUUUUAUUUUGGUGAAAUAUACCUCAAUCUAAGAUUAUUGGUUUAACAACAUUAGGCAAGCUAUUACCAUUAUUUAUGGUGUAUCAAGUUACCUUAUAUGAAUAUUGGUCGUUGCAUCCCUUCAUAUCUUGAUAGCCAAUAUUCGAUGAUAAAUAUUGCUUUGUAUCCUUGUAUAUAUGUAGAUGAAUCUUGCAAAAAGAUAAUCAUGUGCUUGUUAGUUAUACAGGACAUCAUCACGAGGGAUGUGGACUCCUGGGAUGGAGGAAGCACGACAGAGCAUCCAGCCAGCAGUGGGGAUGGAAGUGCGGAUAAGGUCGGCGACGGCCUGAAGAGGCAGGGGAACAUGACGAACAGGGCAGGGGUUUGGGUCCCACCGCCACGUCCUGCGGCAGUUGGGGGCCUCUUCGUUGCAGAGCCGGCGGCCGGCUAGGCUCCACCUCCUCCAUCCCUACCUUGGCGCUGCACAUGGGAGAAGAAGGGGGCAACAGGAAGAUGGCAUCAGGACGAGGGGUUGCCGGGAUGGAUUCUGCAGCACCGUGACGUCUUGUCUUCUGCAACCAGCCCCAUCCCUCCGCCUCCCAUGACUCUUUUCUCAUCGAUCUCACGACGCUGCUACACUCCCGCUUCAUCAACAUCCUCGACGCGCAUAUGCAUGAUCCCAGCUAGAAAGCUUGGUGUCACCCAAUGUACUAGCGAUAAGGCGCUGAUCGCUUUUAUCAUUGUCUACAAUGUAUCAGUUAGCAGGGAAGGAAUAAUAGUUACAUGGUGUAUGGUACAGUUCUGGGAGUUAGCCGAUGGCAAUAUAUUUGCACUUUUAUUUUGGUGCUUAACAGUUGAAGGUAUGUACCUGAAAAUCUACGUGAUAUAAUUACAGUCAGUUGCAUGUGUUAACAGUAUGUACACCAAGGAGCUCUAGGAGUUGGGGAGGAAGGAGGAGUCUAGGAACAUCAAUUGGCAGCGCCGGGAAGCUCAGCAAGAGGCGUGCAACGGGGUCACCAUCAUUGUUAACUACUUCAUGUUGCCUACUUAUCUUAGUAUUGGAAGACCAUCUAAUCUUUCUUUUUCUCUGGUCAACUUAGUUAGCUGUCUGCGUGUUAGUAAUCUCGACAGUUAAGCUUUUUAGGUGUGCUCAUAAUUUUACUUCUACGAACUAUUUUGAUGCAGUCAAGCUUAGUAUUUUUUAAUUUUUAGGUUAUUUGUGUAAUCUAUUAGGAUCCAUGCAUCUACUGUUUUGGCACAGAAUUCUGUUUUAUUUAGUUUGUGCAUUUCAAUUCUUAAUUACCAUUACUUGCUGAAGUUCAUAUAAACCCACACACAUCUUUCUUCUACGAAGGAAUGAUGGAUUUGAUAUGGCAUUAGUGUGGUAGCUCGUGCUGAAUAAGUAUGGUUAUCUGGUACUCUAUGCUGUGAUCGCUUCUCCUAUUAAGUGAGUUUUAAAUAAGUUUCCUUUUUUGUGUUCUGUACAAUUUGGUACUAAGCAUCAGCUUUAAUAAUGUGCAUGCAGCAGGAGUGGCGAUAAAAAAUUGAUCAGUCUCAUUUACAAAUGCAGGUUACUAAGUUGGAAGUCCUGCCACCCAAGAGACUGCAAGGUUACUAAGUUGGAAGUCCUGCUCGAAGAAACAAUCUUUUCGGCAAUCAGAAGACAUUAGGUCAAGGUAUAUUCUAGGGUCCCUAUGUGUCAAGGAAAAUGAAAUACAUGAUUCUGGUUUCUGAUCUGCAUGCAAUUGUGCAUCUAUGAGAUGGAGAGGACCUGCAGGUUUAUUGUUUCUCUUUGCAUUGCAAUGUGGUGGAGGAAGCAGCAUGCCGCUGCGAUAUGUACUAAUAAUCUUAGAGGCAAACUCUUUAUGCGAUUCUAAGUGCACUAUGUGUAUCCCUGUAGUAUGGCACCAUUUUAGCGGGUCUGGGUUGUCUCCUAAUGCUUAUUCAUAUUUUUCCCUUCUAUUGGCAUAUGCACAAGAUGACAUGUUUGAUGCUUA